AUGGAAACAUUUGAAAUAAUAUUUUGGAAAGUCUAUAGAAAUUUAUUUAUAAAUAAAAAGAUAUUUUAUCAUUUGUUAAAUGAUGAUAUUGAAUAUAAAAAUUAUGAACAAUAUCAUUUUUCAAAUAGAAUAUCAUUUAUAAAUAUUAAAUCAUUUAAAUGGAUGAUUGAUAAUAACAAAAUAGAGCUCCUCAAAGAUAAGAUUCAUACAAAUCAAGAAAUAGAUUUUGAGGGUAGUUACCAUAUAAUAUAUACAAGUUGGGAAAAAAAAAUAGAAGAGUAUAGAAUAAUAUUUAAAUCUUUGUUUGAUAGCAAUUCAAAAUAUAAAAAUCAAAAUAAAAUUGAUGAUUUAAUAAAAGCUGUGUUGUAUAUGGGUGAUGCAGAACUCCUCGAAAUUGUACUAAAUCAGAAUGGGCAAUUUGUAAACAAUGACCAUUUACACUUAGCUAUAUCAAAAUUUUCAAAUAGAGCCACCGAAAUUAUAUUAAAUGUGUUGGAAAAUCAAAAGAAAGAGAAAUUGAAUAUAGAAAAAUUUAAAAUCAUAUCUAAAGAUCUAGAGAAAUUUAAAUUGGUUUUAAAUACACCUUCAUUAUUAAACCAAUGCGACUUCAAUCAUAUAAAUAAAUAUUAUAAACAAUUGAAUUAUAUAGACCCAAAUUAUAUUGAAGUCUAUAACAAAUUAUUGGACAUGAAUUAUUAUAUAGGUGAUAGUUGUUUGGGUUAUUUGGCUAACAAAUUUCCAUUUAAUCGUGUAGAAGAGGUUUUGUUAUUUUUUAAAAUAUAUUACAAAUUUAGUUUUCAGUCAGAUAUACCUCAAGAGAUAGUUACAUCAAUAAAUGAAAUUUUAAAUGAUGACCAGGAGAAAGGAAAGGAAAAAAAAUUAUUCAAACUAUUGGUUCAGGUUUCUACAUCAAAAAAACUAUACAGCAUUUAUUAUUUUAAAUACUACGAGAUUAUCGAAGUAUUACCAAGCACUAUAUUCAUCAAUUUAAAAACAAAUAAUAUUUUAAAAACUAUCGAUAAACUAAUCGAAAAUGAUGAUAAAGAUGAAAUAAUAAAAUUUUUACAUUCAUUUUUUAAAGAAAUAAAAUGGUCUAAUUGGAACAAAAACUAUGUGUUGGCAAAUAAAAUAAUAUUUAUUAUUUAUACAGUAAUGAAUACUAAAGAGUGGUAUGAUAAAGCAAUGAGCCCAUUAUACAGUUUUAUUGGUGAUAAAUUAAAGAUACCUUUAGAGUGGUCGUGCCACUAUCAAGAAAUAAUGGGUCCAUGUAAUAGUGUUAUUAUAAUCAAAGAUGGUGAUAUAAUAAACACAGUUUCAAAAAUCUCCAGAUCAGUACAUAGGUUUAAUAAUUUAGCAAAAUUUUAUAUUGAAAAAAAAAAAAAAAAAUUAAUAAUUUUUCAAAAUAACCAAUUGGAAACUUAUGCAAUGUUAAAAAUAGACUCAUGCUAUAAAACUUGUCCAAAUAAAAUCGAACCGAUCAAAUGGUCUCAAAUCUUAAAUAACCCUUUAUCAUCAGUUUUAAGCCAAUUAAAAUGGGAUGAGGCCAUUAUUGACGAAGAAUUCCAAAAUGAAAAUAAUGAAAACACAUAUGAUUUAAUAUAUGGUUUUUUGAAAAAAUAUAGUAUGCAAGAUAAUCAAUUACGAUUCGAAUUCCAUUCUGUUUUAAUUAAACAUUUUGCAAGACAAUUGGAAAAGAAAUAUAAGCAAGGUACAAAUAAAAUAAUAGAUAAUAUAAUAAUAUCAAUUUCAAACACAAAGAUUAGAGAGGUCUUACAGCUAUUAGUUCAUUCUAUUAUAGAGUUUGAUCUAUAUACGACAAAAAUUAUAUUAAACUCUAUAGAUUUAAACGAACAAUUCUUAGAAAAGAUUAAUGAUCUUUGGAAGUGUGGGAACAUAGGUCUCUAUUCAAAAAAUAAUAAAAUUAAAAAAUUCUUCAAGUUUAAAAUUUUUAAAAAACACAAAGAAAUCAACACAAUUUAUCAUAUUGAUCAUAAAUUAGCAACAGAUUAUAUUAUAUUUUGGGUCAAUAGGGUUUCAAAUUCAAGUAUGCCAGUUUUUACAAAUAUAUUAAACUACCUUUAUAAAAGGUAUAUACAAAUCUAUGGUAUAACUCUGUAUGAAAUAAAAAGAGUAAAGCAGCUUAUCGAUCGUUCAAAUAUUAUAUUAGAACAUUCGGUUUAUCAUUCAUUUUACUAUAUUUUAGCAAAAUCCCAUCAAAUGAUAAAAUACAUUGUAGAUACAAUUAUGACAAUUGGGUUUCAUAAUGAUUUGGGUGGAAAAUGUUUGUGUCAUAGAAAAGGAACAAAAAAACCUAUCGAAAGUUUUGUUAAAGAUUUUAUUGAUCAAGAUGUUUUCACUAUAGAUUAUUUAACUGGUCCAGAUUUCAAUAGUGGUGAUUGUGUUGAAUUAUUAUUGCUUUAUUUUAACAAUAAGGCAAAGGAAAUUCUUGGUUAUAAUUAUAAAGAAGUCUUUCUUUUAAAUUAUUAUAUAAUUAUAGAUAGGUUUGAUUUACUUUUUAAUUUUUUAGGAUCGAACGCAGCAAACAAGUUUAGUUUUGAAAGUGUUCGUAAUAAAAUAAAAUUAAAAGUAAAAUUAAAUCCUAAUAAUGUAAAAUAUAUAAAUGCUCUAAAAGGUUUUGAAAAUAUGGAGUCCUCUUUUAAAUUUAAAUAA